CAGCUGUGAUCAUGACUAUUCACGAUUGCUUUGAUCAUUGACGUGUGAGUCACCAAGAUCCACAUAAACUCGCUGCUGAGUUUCCCAAGAAGAAAAGUGAACCAUCAUAAAUAUGGUGCCUGUUCUUACCCUCUAUAUACCACCUUAAUUUGAGAUCAUAAUCUUCCAAGUUAUUGUUCUACACCUAGAUAGGUUUCUUCUCUUCCAAUCUCUCUAACCCUAUUUGAAGUGCCUUUUGUUCAGUUGUUUUCUAUAAAGCUCCGAACCAACUUCUCAUCUCCUCGUUAAGGUUUUGUUGUUUUUCUUAUAUAUAAGAGUCAAAUUUAUAGCAUUGUGGAUCAAUAUGGCACCACAUGGGGAGUCUAUUGCUAGCGCUUACGCUAAGACAAACGCCUUCUCCAAGCCACCAAGACUCUCAAAUGACAAUCUUCAUCGAACAAAAUCUGAUAUCUCUUUUGAACUAAGCAAAGAAGCAAUUGAUAUCAAUCUCCCACCAAUAUCCGAGGUUGAAGAUGCCAAAUGUGAGUGUUGUGGCAUGAGUGAAGAGUGCACCCCUGAGUAUAUUGAUCGUGUUCGGAACAAGUUCCUAGGGAAGUGGAUAUGUGGGUUGUGUGCUGAGGCAGUGAAAGAAGAGAUGGAGAAAAAUGGAGGCCACAAAGAGGAGGCUUUGAAUGCACAUAUGAGUGCUUGUGCGAGGUUUAACAAGUUUGGUAGGGCUUAUCCAGUUUUGUCUCAAGCUGAGGCCAUGAGGGCGAUCUUGAAGAAACGCGCGAUAAGGGCCAAAUCGAUCAGUCCUAAAGGUGCUCAAAAGAGCGGGAUUGCAAGGAGUUCAAGCUGCAUCGCAGCAAUUACAAGAGACGUGAAUUAUCUAAAUUUGAAAAAAUGAUCAACGUCCAUCUUUUCUAACUAGCCCUUGAACUCUUUAGGAUUUUGUUUUUUCUUCCUCUCCUUCCUCUCUCCACUUCAGGUUUCAGUUGUUAAAUAUUUUUAAUUACCAGUUAUGCUGCGGACCAACCUUUCGUGUUGCCUUGCAACGGUUUUUUGGGUUGAUCCAAACCUGUUCUAUCCUUCUGAACCAAGGAGUAUUUUUCUUCCCUUGGGCAGUUUUUAUCCACCUUCUAUUAAUCUACCCUCUAGGGUUUCUCUAGGUGGCCGGAUGAUCAGAUUCUCCUACCUCUUAUACCCUUUAUUAUGGCUAUUUUAUGACUUCCAUCAAAACUUCUUAUCAGGGCUGUUUUAGGAUUGUUCCAAAUCCUCUCUUCUUCCUGCCACUUGUGUUAGCCACCCCCAUGACAUGAAUCCUUGACUAGCAUUUGGCUAUAGAUGCCAAACUCUGGCCAAUUACAAGGGUAACAUAAUUUGCCAUCUGUAUGAAACAAUUGGAUUUAGUUAGAUUUAGAUCUUGCUGUGGACUGCCACCAUUUAUAUCUAACAGCAAGAUGUGUAAAACCCAGUUUCAUGUACUAAAUGUUAUGAGUAGAAUAAACUGUGUUACUUUA